UGGGUUGAAUCAACUCAAGUCUGAAGAUCCGCCAUUUCAAAGCGCGGAGGAGCAAAAAAGGCUUGUAGGAAGUUUUGUAAAUUUGUAUUUUUUAAAAAAAACCUAAUAUAUUUCUUAUUUUCUUAGCAAGCACGAGAGUUAUAUAACAUUUUGAAUCUACCUCCCUGGCAUCACCAGCUGAAAUGGACGCAGACACAGAAGAAAAGAUGACAGAAACUUCGAAAACUUCCAAAGAGGAAUCUGCGACAGCAGUAAUGGACAACAAAGCUAGGGGUCGUGGGUUUAGAGGCCGAGGGGGUCGGAUGAGUCGAGGCGGCAUGCGUGGUGGGCGGGGCAUGAUGAAAGGGUUCGGUCCACCUGGACAUGAGAGGGGUCGACUGAAACACGGGCCCAUGAAUGGAUUUGCACCCAUGAGAGGCAUGAGGAGAAUGCGACCUUACCCAGACCUUAGAGGACAUAGAGGCAGGGUUGGACCAAUGGGCAUGGGCCCUCCUCCUCCUCCCCCUCUUCCCCCACCACCACCCAUGCACCUGAGGAGCCCCUUCCCACCUAUGCCCAGGCACGGACCCCUUCCGCCUCCGCCUCCGGGUCAUCCAGGGUUCAGAGGGCGUCCACCACACCCUCGAGGCCGUGGUAUGCCACCCCCCGGGCCUCGACGCUACUUCGACCCCCGCGGCCCGAGAGGCUACCACAAUGGACCGGUCUCUCCUCCGCCUCACCCCCCACCUGGCAGAGGCCAGAGGUGGCCCGGGCCCCCUGGUGGCCGACGCUUUUAACACAGCCUGCCCUAAAAAAACAAUAACAAAGCACUUGUUAAUGUAGAAGGGGCUGAAAAGUGGUGCAGUAAAUGAAAUGCCCCUUAACUAUGUGUAAAACAAAGUCUUUGAGUAUCUUCAUGGCAUACUCUGUGGCCAAAUGUCUGGUUAUUGAUUUUGUCUACUGGCAAAUGUGAAAAUGACAACUGAGGAAAACAGCUUUGUAAAAGGCACCCUGGCAUUCUGUUACAUUAUGUUAAAGAAAUACUGUUGGUGCUGUUGGAACUAUUUGACAAUGUUAAGAAAAAGUUUUCCUCUAAAGGGGCAACACUCUUGUCAAAGUUUGUUAAAUGUUCUGUGUUUUUUUUGUUGUUGUUAAGUCAACCUGUAAGCUCCAGCAAAUGUUCCCCAUCCUUUUUAACAAUAUAAAAUGGGUGACGGUGCUUAUAUGAAGAUGGGCGACAUUUAACAAAGGCGUACACAACAGCUCCAAGCACUGCAUUUAUGGUUUAGCACACCGUGGACCUCCCUUACUUUCCUUUUGUUACAUGGAAUAGUUAUGUUUUUAUAACCUCUCAGAGCAGCGCAGCACAUAUUGUUUAACAAUGAAAUAUUCUUUCAAGAGAACAUACAGUAUUCCACCACUCAAGUAUUCAUGAGUAUUUCACUUCUUCUUAUUAUGUAUCGUUAAUGUGCAGCUUUUUUAAGUUGAGUAUUGCUGUUUGGAACAUUCAUGUUUGUCUCCAGCAAACGUUUGUGUCAUGACAAAAAGGAAAAGGCAUUAUAAAUGAACAGCAUAGUAGCUUUUUAUAAAAGAAAGCCAAUUCCAUGAGUAUUUGCUUCAGUUAAGGAUAAGAAAUUACUCUUUAAUGUGUUACAUUUGUUUGAAGUGUUAUUCCAAACUUAAUUCACUGUAAUUAACAGAACUUUUGUGAACCUGUGAAUGUGUUUGAUGAAAUUCGUCAAGACAUAUGACGUAGUAGUGGAGAGAAAAAAAAAAUAAAACGACAACAAACAAAAAAAAAAACUCAACUUCUCUUUUUUUGUUUAUUCAGAAAACAAGUCUGAGAGUUGUCAUUACCACUUCCAGCAAAUCUGUAAUAAAUGAACGAGAUUUGCAGUGGCAAAAACUAGAAAUGUUCACAGGGGCACGAUAACACGUCACUUCAUCUAUGAGACGAGUGAAGAUCUAAGUCAUGUAAAGACCACUGCAAAGAUUACCAUCUUUAUAUUGACACCAUUGACUGAGAGCGGAGGACCAAGAGCCCCGAAUCAAUGCAAUACUCAGUGGAGCUGAAUAGAUCGUGUGUGGUAGUAGUCUUAUCUGCAGGCUGGACAUUUAAAAAAAAAAAAAGAAAGGAUUGAAAAAUAGCAGAAGUGUUAAUAAAAGAAAUAUCAGCUUCUCAGUUGCAUUGCCAUUCAUCUUGACAUAACUUAAAGUGAUUGGAGGUCUCCACCAACAGCUUUACUUGGAAAAUUCAGUGGUAGCAUGUCUAAAAGGAGGACAUCAUCUGCAAAGGAUAAAAAAAAAAAACACUGAUAUGACACUGGACUUUCACAUUUUCUUGCUGCUUCAGACACAUAUCAUUAACAUCUUAAUUUUAGAUUUGGAGGACUUUAGAGUAUUUGACAAAUAUGUGUUCUGACAUGCAUGUUUUUCUAUUCCAGUUGAUUUUAGUAUGUUUGUUGGAUGAAGCAGAGAACAGAUUAUGUGAUACAGGAUUUUCUUAUUUGCAGUGAUUUACAAUUAUGGCUCCAUUUUAGGGGACAUUGAAUGAAGUGGACACUGAUUUAAAAAAAUAAUGCAUCUUUUUAGGUUCUACAAGCUUAUGAAGGGCUUGACCCUCUCUUUUUAGGAAUGCACUGAUCAAACUUUUUUUGACUUAGUACUGAUCCCAUUCUAGAGUUUUAUUUAAAAAGUCUUCUGAUGUGGAACAGCUUUGGUUAUUUUUUUUAACGUGUAAGGCAACAUGAGGGUGACUUAGAUAUUGCUAUGCUAACAAAAAUCUAACUUAAAGAACAUACAAUAGUAAUUACAUAUGAAGUAAAUAAAUAAAAUAAAAAUAAACAGAACACAGGUAUUGUCGUGUUAUAUCACAUUUAAGUCACAAACUUUGUGUGACGGUAAAACCUUGGACUGCUCUUUCGGCCUUGUGCAUGCGGGAAUACUUUCUUUGAGCAUAAAGACAGGCCUGCACUCUGCUGAUGCAACAAGGAGCACAGAAUACAAUUGAACAGCUUAGCUGAGGUUUUGCCUCAUUCUCCUCAACAUCUGAUCCAUAUACUGCAGUCAGUAUCAGUUUGGUCCAUCACUGCUGUUUUCCUUCUAAGGUUACUGAAUAUAUCGAUUUAAAAACAAGUGAUGUAGUGCGAAAGCCAGGUCACAUAAAGAGUGGAGUGUUUUAUGUUCUGCUUGCACAAACAGGGAUUUGUCCAUUCCUCUGGGUAAAAAAAGCACUUAGUUCCCUCAGCCACCAAAUCUCUACAGAACACUGAAACAUGGCUGCAAAUGUACAGCUGGCCUACAUGAUACAUUUAUUCACAGGCAGGUGUUGCCCUCUCUCUCUUCUGUCUGUCUUUCUCCAUCUCUUCAGCACCUUCAGUACAUUUUGCUGCCUUUUCCGUCUCUGCAGUCCCUUCUUGUUCUGUCCCUUCUUUGGUUGAUUGUAACAGACUGACUGUUGUUGUCUCCUGAAGGGGGGCACACAGUACAGUUCACCUCCCAGGCUCCAGGAACCCAGGCCCUCCCCUCCCAUCUCUCCCCUCCUUCACCAGCGGCGUGACACCUGAGGUCCGGCACUUCACUUGAAAAGGUGAGCCUCCUCUUGUGUCUUAAAUCCCCUAAACCCCUCCCUCCCCUGACGCCUGGAGAUUCUCUCUUUCAGGUUGGAAGUCACUGAGACACAGAGGACUACGGGUAAGAGCUUAAGGUACUUACUCUUUUAUUAUUGGCAUCAAACAAGUAAACAUAAGGGUAGGGGACGGAGCAUGCUGGUGAAGAAAAGAUAAAUCUCUAACCAGAAUUAUUGCACUUAUAACAAACGUGGAUAUUUGUACACGUUCAGCAGGAAAGCAGAGGUGUGGAAAAUAUUUAGGAUAGCUAAAGUUCUGUUUUGCUGCUAAGAUUAAAGGCUCCUCCUUAUUGGUGCAAUAAACGCUGAUGUAUUGUGCAAUUAGUAGUGUUAAAUAAUAAAUCGAUGCAUUUGUAGUCUAAAGCACUUGGCUGCAAACACUGGACAAAAAGAGAAGAGAUUGGUAUUAAAUAUUCAAAAUCUCGUACUUGUGUGCCUGAAAGCUUACAGGAAUUGUAGCAGUAUUACUCUAAACUGUUGUUUAUUCCACUGGGGGGGGAAGAGUAGACCAGAACAAUUAUAAUUACAAAUACAUAAUCAUGAUGUUUUUUUUUUUAUGUAACUCAGCAUUUGUUAAAAAAAAAAAACAUUCACAAAUUGGAUGAAGACCCCAUAGAAAAUGUUACAAGACACAGAUGCAAAAAGAUGUCGGUGUUACAGUUUAAGAUUCUCAUGGUAUGCUUUUGUGUUGUUAUACAAAACGGUUGCAUAACCUAACUAGGAAUGCUAGAUGUCAAGCUUUAAUAACUGUCAAGUGGACUGAAUAUCUGUAGGAUUUAGAUGUUCAUAUUGACCCAAAUGAGGACAAAGAGAGGACGUCAAGUGUCUGUGCUGCUUGUGGAGCGGUAUUUCUUGAACCUGCAGUGUACAAAUCAAAACCAGAAGAAAAUGUAAAUCUCCGGAUUUCGUUCUAUAUUAAGUUCAUUUCAGUCACAAUAAGAUGUCUUUAGAUUCUUAGAUAUGAACUGGUUACAUAGUCAAGUUUUAAUACCAUUUGUGGUCAUUAUGGGAUAGAAAGCUGAUGACUCUCAUAGUAACUUGUCUUAGAUACUGCUUUGUAAAACGGAUUAUAAAGCAGGGGAAGGGGUGGGGCAAUAGCACAAAAAAGAUGUCAGCGAUGAUAUAUGUAUAUGUAUAAGGGAUUUUUACAAGAAAAUCUUUGAAAACAACAGGUAUGCAAGCAUUUGUUUCCUAUCAUUCAGCCUGACAACAUGUGGUUUUCACUGUUGAGCAGUAGAUCGUUAAAUCAUUUUGCCUAUGUUUUGUGUUUACAAUCUAUUCAAUAAAAGCAAUAAAGACAUCUCUUGUG